GUCAUUCAACUUUAAAUUUUGUUGGAGUCAACAGAUAUGUGCAUACUUAAUUUUGACUGUGAAAUAGUGUGAUCGUAUUAAAAGGAUUCUCAAUAGAAUCAUUAGAAAUCUCAAUCAAGAUGUUUUCGAAGUGUUGUUUCCUGUUCAUGAUUUUGUUAGUUCAUAUUAUUACGGCAGGAGAAGUCGGGGACAGUUGCACUCCUAGUGAAGAUGUGGAGGAUGGAGUGUGCACUCUCGUCACCAAUUGUAAAGUGGCCUUAAGUCAAAUAAAAGACAAGAACUAUCACUCAUUUGCAAGAUGUGGCUUCGAAGGAGUUACAGAAGUUAUGUGCUGUCCCAGCACAAACGUGAAAUUUGGUGAGACGACAGAAUCAACGCGUAGAGUUGACGAUAAUAACGGUAACACGCGUCCAACCAAAAGAAUCGCGGAAGUAGAAUGCCAAAAGAUCAUCGCUUCUAGCAAACCGCCAUUGGACCUGCACAUUAUCGGCGGCGAGCAGUCUUCACUCGGGGAAUUCCCGCAUAUGGUGGCCUUGGGAUUCGAAGGGCAAUUCGGCUACCGAUUCGACUGUGGCGGUUCUCUCAUCUCCAACCGCUUCGUACUGACUGCCGCACACUGCGUGGACACGCCCGACAGGCUAGAGCCAACUGUGGUGCGCAUGGGAGUCAUAGACCUAGGAGAUGCGCAGUUUAACUCGGAAACCGACGUGCGCGUCGAGACGAUAUACAAGCAUCCCAACUACACGCGCAGCCUCAAGUAUGACGAUCUGGCGCUUCUGAAGCUAGAGAAAGCGGUACAGUUCGACACCACGCUCAACGCGGCGUGUCUCUACACAAAAGACACAGAUCCUACCACCGCGCUCACCAUCACGGGCUGGGGCACUACCAGCACUACAAAGGACGCGCGCAGUAAUACGCUGCUAAAGGCGAACGUGACCAUAGUCUCGCGAUCUAAAUGCAGCGAGUCCUACACUUCUACCAAAUGGCGCAAGUUGCCUAACGGCAUCUCGGAGACGCAGGUCUGCGCUGGCGACCCCGACGGCCUGCGGGACACAUGUCAGGGAGACUCCGGCGGCCCCCUACAGAGCCUGACGGAGCCGGACGGGCAGACUCGCCUCGUGGGCGUCACGUCGUUCGGCCGCGGCUGCGGCUCCGCCGUGCCUGGCGUCUACACGCGCCUCAGCCACUACCUCGACUGGAUCGAGAGCGUCGCCUGGCCGAGAUAAUAAUUAGAGAUGCCACGAAUAUUCGGUAUUCGGCCAAAUACCGAAAAUCUGU